AUGGUAUGGUUGACCGCCACGUUGCCCCCGAGCAUGGAGGCGGAAUUAUGCUGGCGGAUGAAGCAUGACCGGGCCGCCAUGACCAUAUACUGGGCCCGGACCAGCCGUCCGAAUGUGGCAUACCGGGUGUGGCGGCCCCCAAUCCCCGGGGUUGGCCGGGGGCCGUAUCAGUGGAUUGAGAGUGAGGCCAUGGUGGCAUUCAUUCAGGACCACAUCCAACGGGCUGCCGGGGGCAAGGUGAUCAUAUAUGCGAAUAUCAUCGGGCAGGUGACGGCCAUGGUGUGGGUGCUGGGGUGUGAGGCAUAUUACAGCGAGCAGUUGGACAAGGCUAGGGUAUUGGCGCGGUUCAUGGGGGCUAGCCCUGUGAUCGCCGCCACCAGCGCGUUAGGCAUGGGGGUGGACAUCCCCAAUAUCUGCAGCAUUAUCCAUAUUAGGACCCCGCGGACGUUACUGGAUUACGCGCAGGAGAGUGGCUGGGCUGGUGAGGCGAUCAUUAUCCAGCCUGCUGGGUGGGACGCCCCAGCACCGUGGAUGGAGGGGGUGGCCCCUGAGGACCAGGAGCGGGUCGCCGAGUAUAUGGGGGUGGUGGAAGGCGUUGGGUGCCGCUGGGUGGUGUUGGAUGAAUAUUUAGAUGGGGUGGUGGACGGGUAUCAGCAGCAGCAUUGCCAGGAUGCAGAUGCCAGGGAGCAGGCAUGUGAUGGGUGCGAUCCCAACUGGGAGGGGCCAGAGGUAGAUCCGGGUGAGUCAGGCAGCAUGCCAGCAAGGGACGCUGCUAGGGAGGCACUGUUCGAGGCAGGCAGCAUGCUAGCGAGGUAG